AUGGCGACAAACACAUCUUCGACGGCCCCGGACGGCUCCGUCCAGCAUUACCAAGUACUCCUCUUCGGCGAUUUAUCGUCAUCCAGGGUCGAGGAGGAUCUCUGGCGGCUGUUGCAUACCAAAACAAACCCCGUACUGGCCUCCUUCUUCACCCGUCUUGCUUACGGCCUCCGAAAAUUCAUCGGCGGACUUCCAGCCCGCGAGCAAGACUUGUUCCCUCACUUCACAACCCUUGUCGACCUCGUGUCCCGGCUGGGGGAUACCAAAGGCACGCCGGUUCUGAGAUUCUUCGCGUUGUGCGUCUAUGAACUGGCGCUUUUUAUUGCAGAGAAUGAGAACGGUGCCAGGGCAUAUCCCUCGCCUGGCGGGACAUAUGUCAUUGGACCUUGCACAGGGGGGUUUGCGGCCGCAGCUGUGAGCUGCUCGCAGACGCUGACCGAUCUGGUUCCUUUGGCUAUUGAAGCCGCUCUCGCCGCAUUCCGGACAGCGCUGUGUUCCUGGUUGGCCGGGCAGGACAUAUCGCCAACAGUGCAGUCUGAGGAGGCAGAUGCUGCCAAGUCAUGGUCGGCCAUUGCUGUCCGGAGCGACGCGAAGCUAUACAUCAGCGCCACAACACCAAGCCAUGUAGCCACAAUCAGUGGCCCGCCGUCCACGCUACAGGACCUGUUGACCCAGGAAUCUGGCAGGCUGCGGGUGCGGUACUUGGAUAUCCAAUCGCCCUUCCAUGCCUCGGGCAUCUUCGACGAGUCCGAUGUGGACGACAUUGUGGACCACAUCUCUGACGACAGCGCCGCUGCCUCGAAGCCUCUCAGACUGCGCCUUCUGUCGCCGUCAACAGGCGAGAGCAUGACAGCCUCUGGCUUCAAGGCUGUGAUCCGGGACGUGGUGCGCGAAACCCUUCAAAGGCCGGUUCGCUGGGAGCGGGUGGCAACCCGAUUCCGCUCCCUCUUGGCCGAGGCGGAGGCAUCCGAGUGCACUAUUGUCCCGUUUGCGAGCAAUGCUGCGCCCAUGCUCAGCAUGGCCUUGAGCAUCCACGGAAUCACCCCCGGCGGACAUCCGCCUGGCGUGUCGGGAGCGUUUGAGCAUUCCAAGAUCGCCAUCAUUGGGUAUUCGGGCCGGUUUCCGGAUGCCGACUCGAACGAAGCUUUCUGGGAGCUCCUUCGCGCCGGCCGAGACGUGCACCGCGAGAUUCCCCCGGAUCGCUUUGACUGGAAGGCGCACUACGACCCCACCGGCAAGCAAAAGAACACUAGCCGCGUCAAGUAUGGGUGCUUCAUCGAGGAACCCGGCAUGUUCGACGCCCGCUUCUUCAACAUGUCGCCGCGGGAAGCCGAGAACACCGACCCGGCGCAACGCUUAGCCAUCACCACUACCUACGAGGCAAUGGAGAUGGCCGGCCUAGUCCGGAACCGCACGCCAAGCACACAGCAAGACCGGGUGGGCGUGUUCUUCGGCACCACGAGUGAUGAUUGGCGCGAGGUGAACAGUGGUCAGGACGUCGACACAUACUUCAUCCCGGGCGGCAACCGUGCCUUUGUGCCCGGCCGCAUUAGCUACUUCUUCCGCUUCUCGGGCCCCAGCCUCAGCAUUGACACGGCCUGCUCGUCGAGCUUCGCCGCUAUUCAGAGCGCCUGCAACUAUCUCUGGAGAGGCGACGUCGACACUGCCAUCGCAGGGGGCACCAACGUUCUGACGAACCCUGACAACUUUGCCGGCUUGGACCGCGGCCACUUUCUGUCUACCACGGGUAACUGCAAUGCCUUUGACGACGGAGCUAGCGGGUAUUGCCGUGCCGAUGCGGUGGCCACCGUCAUACUGAAGCGUCUCGAGGACGCUGAAGCAGACAACGACCCCAUCUUUGGUGUCAUCGUCGGGACGGCCACCAACCACUGCGGACAGACCGACAGCAUCACUCGCCCACACGAGGGCGAUCAGGCCAGCGUGUUCAAGCGGAUCAUGCGGUAUGCCGACGUCGACCCACUCGAUAUCAGCUACGUCGAGAUGCACGGAACGGGGACGCAGGCGGGCGACGCAACCGAGAUGAACUCGGUCCUGUCCGUGUUUGUGCCCCACAGGAAGCGGACCGAUAGCAGCCCGCAGCGCCCGCUGUACCUCGGGUCCGCCAAGGCCAACAUCGGGCACGCUGAAUCCGCGUCGGGCGUGUCGUCCCUGAUCAAGGUGCUCAUGAUGAUGAAGCACAGCGAGAUCCCACCGCACUGCGGUAUUAAGACGCGCAUCAACCACAACUAUCCGCAGGAUCUAUCCGAACGCGGGGUGCGUAUCGCUUUCAACCCUACCCCCUGGCGACGGGAGGACAGCGUGUCGGGCAAGCGAGCCGUAUUCUUGAACAACUUCAGUGCCGCGGGCGGGAAUACCGCUGUUCUCUUGGAGGACGCACCCGCCCAAGACACCGUUGACGCAACCGUGGCACCCGACCCACGGCCGGUGCACUUGGUUGCGGUGACGGCCAAGACAGCACAAUCUCUAGCCGAGAAUCUUAACGGGCUUCUGUCUUGGUUGGAGGCUAACCCACAGACCUCGCUCCCGGCGCUGUCUUACACGACCACGGCACGACGGAUGCACCACAACUAUCGCACCAUGGUUUCGGGCACAGACACAGCAUCCAUCAUGGCUGGCAUCACGACCCGUUUGCUGUCCCUGAACCAGGUCGCCGCUAAGCCGAUUCCCGCGGCUAGCAAGACCCCCAACGUGGUCUUCACCUUUACUGGCCAAGGGACCCUCUACAGCGGCAUGGGCAAGUCUCUCUACACAACCAACCCGUCCUUCCGUGCCGACAUGCUACGCUUCAACCGCCUGGCCACAGACCAAGGAUUCCCCGCCUUCAUUGGUCUCAUCGACGGCAGCCACGCCAUAAACAACGCGAAGGAAGUGAGCGUCGUUGCCUCACACCUCGCUCUCACUUGCGUGCAGAUGGCCCUUGCGAGGUUUUGGCAGAGUCUGGGAGUCACGGCUUCGGCCGUGGUGGGCCACAGCCUGGGGGAGUAUGCCGCGCUCUACGUCGCCGGGGUGAUCUCGGCCGCCGACGCCGUGUAUCUCGUUGGCCGGCGGGCCGCGCUGCUCGAAGAGCACUGCACGCCUGGAACCCAUGCAAUGCUGGCCGUCAAGACCACCGCCGAUGUCAUCGGGGAGCUGAUUCAAGAGGGCGGCUCGCAAUGUGAGGUCGCCUGCGCGAACCAGCCGGCGGGUCAUGUCAUCAGCGGCCGACUGGAUAAUAUCUGCGAAGUGGAGAAGCUAGCCACAGCGAAGGGCCUCAGGUCUGUCCGACUCGACCUCCCCUUUGCCUUCCACUCAGCACAGGUGGAACCCAUUCUCGCACCGUUCGAGACUGCGGCUUCGCAGGGCGUGGUGUAUCGUUCUCCCCAAAUCCCGGUCCUGUCCCCUCUGCUUUCCCGACCAGUUCAGGCGGGCGAGCACGGGGUGUUGGACGCAUCGUACCUGGCCAAGGCUUUCCGGGCCAAGGUUGACUUUGCUGGAGCGGUGGAGGCUGCUAAGACAAGUACCAGCAGCAUUGCUAACGAACGCACCGUGUGGCUCGAGAUCGGCGUCCACCCUGCCUGCAGCGACAUGGUGAAGGGUACGCUUGGAUCCGACUGUACGACCCUGGCGACACUUCGCAGGGACGCCGAUGCCUACAAGACGCUUGCUGCUGCGCUCGAGUCCUUAUACCUCGCUGGGUUCAACAUUGAGUGGAACGAAUAUCACAGAAACUUCCCGGCUGCCCGGAAGGUCGUGCAGCUCCCUCGCUACUCUUGGGACCUCAAGAAGUAUUGGAUACCAUAUCGCAACAACUUCUGUCUGGCGAAAGGCGAGGGAUUGGUGCCUGCUACCGAGGCUGCAAACGCUCAACACAAACUCGAGGCAACCACGGCUGCGCCGCAGUAUAAAUAUCUAUCGCCGUCGGUGCAGAGGGUGUUGGAAGAACGCCACGGGGCGGAUCGAUCGUCGCUGCUCGUGGAGUCUGACAUCUUUGACGAUCGGCUACUACCAGUCUUACAGGGACACGUCGUCAACGGUGCUCACCUUGCUCCUUCAUCUCUAUAUGCCGACGUCGCCAUCACUAUGGCCCACUACAUGCUGCAGGGCGCCGGCAUGUCGACUGAGACGACGGGGAUUGAUGUAACCGAUGUCAAGGUUGACGCUCCCUUGAUUGCUCAGCCCGACGAGUCAACACAUCUCUUCCGCGUGUCUGCGACGGCGGACUGGGGCGCCCGCUCCAUCUCCAUGUCGAUCUACAGCGUGGACGGCAAUGGCAAGCGAACAAGGUCCCACGCCACACUCGACGCCCGCAUCUUCCCGGAACAACGAUGGCUGGACGAGUGGCGGCGCAACACACAUUUGAUCCUGUCCCGCAUUGAGGCUUUGAACCAGGGCAUCCACAGCGGCGAGAGCCACAAACUGAAGCGCGGCAUGGUCUACAAGCUGUUUGGCGCCAUCGUGGUGUACAGCAGCGACUACCAGGGCAUGAAGGAGGUGGUCCUCGACAGCGAGCGGCUCGAGGCCGUGUCCACGGUCAACUUCCAGGUGGGCGAUGGUGGCUUCGUGGUGAAUCCGCGAUGGAUCGACAGCCUUGGCGGAAUUGCCGGGUUUAUCAUGAACGGCAACGAUGCCGUCGACAGCGAGAAGCAGGUGUUCAUCAACCACGGCUGGGAAAGGCUGCGGAUUGCCGAGAGGCUGGACGCGACCAAGACAUACUACGCCUACAAUCGCAUGCAGUUGGUUGAGAAGACGCUCUACGCCGGUGACACGUACAUUCUCCAUGAAGGGCGGAUAGUCGCCAUAUUCGAGGGCGUGAAGUUCCAGGGUGUCCCGCGUCGGGUUCUCGACCACGCUCUGCCCCCGCGCAAAGCAGUUGCCACGGUCCCGCCGGUCAAUGCUCCUUCUCGAGCAACCGGUCUCUCUGAGAUGCAGCCGCGCCAACCUCUUGUUGUCGAAAAAGAACCCAGAAAGCCUCGUACUCUAGAACCCUCAAGACCGGAACCCAAAGCCGAACGCCGCACGUCAUCAGGGCUCUUCGACCAUGUCUUAUCCGUCAUCUGCCAGGAAGUUGGCCUCUCCCCAACGGAGCUGAAGCCGGCAAGCGAAUUCGCGGAUUUCGGUCUCGACUCGCUGCUCUCGCUCACCAUCACGGCCAGGAUCCGCGAUGAGCUGCAAAGGGACUUGCCCUCUUCGAUAUUCAUCGAGUGCCCAACCGUCGCCAACCUACAGACUUGGUUGGACGAUCAAGCUCCCGAUUCGGGAAGCAGUGGAGUGCCGACACCACAUUCCCGAACCCGUUCUCGGAGCGUCAGCAGUCGCACUAGCGAUGAAACGCACAUCACCGCUCCCACGCCUCGGGAAGACGGUUCCGUUAACUCUGGGAAGGUGGACUCGGACAGCCGAGAAGCGACGCUUUUAGUUCUCCGGCAGACCAUCACAGACGAAACGGGUGUGCCUCUCCAUGAACUAGCCCCCUCCACCUGCCUCGGCGACAUCGGCGUGGAUUCGCUGCUAGCAUUGACCAUCACCGCCCAACUCCGAGACCUUCUCGGUGACGCGGUGCCCUCCACCUUGUUCAUGGAGAAUGAAACACUUCAAGAGGUUGAGCGGGCGCUUACGAGCGUGCUGGGUCUGUCGGAGGAGACCAGCGGAAGCCUGCAAAUGGAGUCCAUUUUGUCCUCCCCUCCACAUGCGACUUCCGUCUUGUUGUCGGGGAAUGCACGCACCGCAGCUUCUCUCCUAUUUUGGCUUCCCGACGGCUCCGGCUCUGCCACGUCCUAUGCCGCCCUGGGCCCCUGCAUUACCGACACCGUCGCCGUGUACGGCCUGAACUGCCCCUGGCGGAAGACAGCGGAGGAGAUGACACGCCUCGGCGUCGACAUGGCCAUGCUUGCAGCCAAAUAUGUCGCCGAAAUCCAGCGGCUCCUGGCUCAGCGCAACCAACACAUCCCCGUCGCCAUCGGCGGCUGGUCAGCGGGAGGGAUCAUCGCGGUCGAGGCGGCGCGGCAGUUGCGCGGCUCGCGCCAGAGCGUGGACAAGCUGGUUCUGCUCGACUCGCCGAACCCGAUCGGGCUGCAGAACCCGCCGCAGCGCAUGUACGACUUCUUCGACUCGAUCGGCCUCUUCGGCGGCGGUCGCAACAAGAUGCCCGACUGGCUGCGCGCACACUUCAGCGCCUUCAUCAACAUCCUUGACAAGUACGAGCCAACCCCGCUUGCCGACGCGCCGCCCACCCUGAUUGUGUAUGCGCGCGACGGAGUGUGCAAAGACCCCAACGGUCCGCGGCCCGAGAUGCGCCCUGACGACCCCCGCGAGAUGCUGUGGCUGCUGAAUAACAGGACGGACUUUUCGGCCGACGGCUGGGCCAGCUUGCUUGGACGGGACAGGCUGACAAUACGUGUGCUGGACGACGUCAAUCAUUUCAGUCUUAUGGAUCCUGGCCCGACCAUGAAAAGGCUGGGCCAGGUUGUGGGCGACUUUCUUGGCUGAGCUAUUGUGUCGUCCUAGUCACUCGGUGAGAGAAGUGAAACCAAGCUGGAAGGAUGCGGAGUCCCCGCUGGAUAGUACAUGAAGGGACCAGUCUGCUACGACUUGUGGUGACGCCCUGCGAUUUUGUCGUCUUCUUUCUUUUCUUGUUCGCUAGAUUGCAACGAUAUGUUUCACAUCCUAGUUCUGGAUAAAGAAUUUGAUCCUAAAUUCUCAG